AUGGAGAUCCUGUGGUACGGCAGUUCAGUCAGCGUGCUGCAGCUUCUUGAUCCGUCUGCGAACGUUACAGUUUUGGCAAAGAGCAAGGAGGAAGCACUGGUGGUGGGUAGGAUUCGUUAUGGGGAUUCCUUUCCCAAGGUCUUCAACCUCGCAUGCACUGAGGAAGGCGAAGCAACAAAGCUGCCGCAGCUGCAAAGCAGUAAGGUUGCAAUCGCGGCAUGCGUGCAGAACGAGACGGAUAUGGCAACGGUGAUUGACAUGGCUUCAAGGCUGGACAAGAUCUUUGCUGUUGUCAUUGCUGGCCCGAUGGUCCCGGACGUCAUUGCGCAUGGCGAGAUGACGAGCUGGAGCUUCAACACUAAGGAUGUGUUGUGGGAGCUGGUGGGGUCAGCUUUCGCAGGCAAGACGUCUUUCAUUGCCAUGGUUCGCAAGGCCGACAGAGCUGAAAAGCUCCAGCAGCUGCUUGAGAAGUCAUCGAAGGAUCACGUCGGUUACGAGAACUCCGUCUACACUCCUCAGCCUCAGAGUCCCUCGUCCACAUUAACCCCUGUCGUGCAGGAGCCGGGGGCCAAUGCCGGCAAACGGCGCUUCAUUGAGGAUGCAUUGACCGAGUUGAGAGGGACUGGGGAUGGCCUGCGCAGGCCCUUGUUCAUCGAGGGCGAAAAGACCAAGCGCCAAUGCAUGAUGAAGCCUCCGCUCUGCAACCGGCGCAGCGCAGUUUUGAUGCGACAUGAGUCGCUUGAUUUCCUUCUGGGCCCCCACGAGUUUGCUUGCUACCUUGGAUGGCGAGAGCAUCCCUUGAACAUGACUUUGCUCCCCAAUGCUACGGCCCAGCAAAUCUUGGGGCAGAGUCUUUCGAAGGGCGUCGCGAGCAUCAUGUUGGCAGUUUUGAAUGGCGUCACGGGUGCCUGGGAGAAGUUAUUACAAUUCAAGUAUUUCUAA